AUGGCCUCCAAGUGCAAAGAUCCUCUGGAAACCUCGGUGUUAAAUGCAAAUAAUUUGAAACAUGACUUUUCAUGUUCUGUGUGCAAAGAAGACGACUUGAAUGUUGAGGCGAAACAUUUCUGUGGGGAUUGCUUAGAGUUUUACUGUGACAAGUGCCUGACCUUCCAUGCUAAAAUACACAGGCGCCAUGCUGUGUUGGGCCGUAAGGAUGUAGACAAAUGGGUUGAGCAGGGUGACGCCCUGGUAAGUUGCGACUUGCAUCCAUCGAAGGUCUUGGAACUGCUGUGUGAGGAUCAUGCUGAGCUCUGUUGUCACAUAUGUGUGUCCCUGAACCAUAGGUUAUGCAGAGACAUCAACUUGAUAUCUGACGUAACCAAAGGCAUACACAAGAUGGCAAACUUCAAGCAGCUUCUAGUCAAUGUAACAAAGGUAACAGCUAAACUGAACCAGACGAAAGAUGCCAUAAAGAAGAACCAAAACUUGUUGAAUACUUCAGGAAAAUCCAUGCUGACAAGAAUCAAAGACCUUAGGAAGACGCUGAAUCAACUGCUAGAUGAUCAGGAGAAGAGGACAAUGGAACAAAUGGACAGGGUUCUGGCUGACCUGGAUGGGUCACUUCAGAAGGACAUUGACCACUGUGACCGCCUACAUGACCAGCUCCAUGUCUUACUUGACUCCGCCCUAUCUCAGGACAAGGACAGUAAGUCCGGCUCCUACAUUGGCUACAGGAAAUGCCAGGACAAGAUGGCAGAGGCUAACGAACUUCUCCAGGCGUUGUCCAUGAAACCAGAGGCGACUAUCACUUUCCAGCCUGACACACGCCCUCAACAAUUGCUGUCUGACUUAAAGGCACUUGGAAUCAUCCAGGUGUAUCUUGAUCCACAGUUUGAACAGUCAUCGCGACAAAUCAAACAGUCCUCUGAUAUACUCAAGGUUUUCAAGGUAAAGGAGAAAAACACAUUUGCGGUGAAUAUAAAGGCAGACAAAAUUCUUUGUGACAUUAUUGGUAUGAUAGAACUUUCAGGAGGAGAAAUUGUUUUAGUAGAUAGUAAACAUUGCAGAGCAAAGGUGUUAGACAGCAAUUACAAAGUGACGUGCCACUGCGAUAUCCCUAAGUUUCCACAGGACAUCUGCCUUAUCUCAGACCAUCAGGUAGCUGUAGCUGUUGACGGUUACCCUUCUGCCAAACAUGAGGUCCAUUUUCUUACCGUGUCAGCUGGCACCAUUACAACGACCAGGAAAUUCAAAGUAAACCAUCUGUGUUCUUCCAUCAGACACCAUGGGGGCCAGCUAUAUAUUGGCUCUCUCGCUGCACUGUACCUACAUACAACAACAGGCAAACUGUUGAAGAAGGUCUACGAAGACACUUCUGGCAAAGUUACAGUGAACAACUUCGACUUGAGCACAGAUGGCAGUAAGAUCUACAUUUUAGCCUCCAGCCACAACAAGGUUGUCACCAUAGAUACCAAAGGCAACAUUCUGGCCACACUCAUGGACCCUGAUUUUGACUGGCCACUCAGUGUUCAUGUGAGUGAGUGUGGGCAUGUGUUUGUGAGUUCACAGGCUUCAAACACAGUGGUGCAGGUCGACCAGGAAGGCAAGAAGAAAUUGGCUACACUGGUCAGAAAGGGAGAUGGCAUUAAUAUUCCACAGGCAGUCUUGUACUGCACCCGCACAGGCAGGCUUAUUGUGGGGGGUCAGCAAAAUAAUAUUUUGGUGAUGGAGCUCCAGUAG